AUGGAGAGGAACCCCCCUGCUGGCACAGGCCCUGUGCACGUGCCUUUGGGGCACGUGGUUGCCAAUGAGAAGUGGCGUGGGUCGCAGCUGGCACAGGGCAUGCAAGGGAAAAUUAAACUUGUUUUUGAAGAUGGCCUAGCACCGGUAGAUUUUUACUUGUCUGUCAGAUCCUGCAUUCUUUAUAUCACAGAAGCCGAUUUGGUGGCCGGAAACAGCUACCGAAAGAAGCUGGUACGCGUUAGAAAUUCCAGCAAUCUUCAAGGAAUUGUGAUAGUUGAAAAAACGCCCACGAGUGAACAGUACUUCCCAGCCAUACAGAAGUUUACUGUGCUGGACCUCGGGAUGGCAUUGCUUCCAGUGGCUAGCCAGAUGGAAGCAUCCUGCGUCAUUGUCCAGUUAGUUCAAGAGCAAACCAAAGAGCCCAGUAAGAACCCUUUUCUCAGGAAGAAGCAGGCUCAGCUCUCUGAGCCGUUCUUACUUCGAACUGUGCAGCAGAUCCCAGGAGUGGGAAAAGUGAAAGCUUCCCUGCUGCUUCAGAAGUUCCCGAGUCUCCAGCAGCUCAGUAACACUUCCAUCCGAGACCUGGAGCAGGUCGUUGGGCAGGCAGCAGCUCAGCAAAUUCACGCGUUCUUCACUCAGUCCCGGUGA